UCUGGAAAACUGCCGGUAGAUUAUCUCUACGGUCUACCAGGAGCUCGUGACUGUGUUGAAGAAGAUGAAGUCUGUCUUGAAGAGGAGGAAAAUGGAGGCGAUGUUGAUGACGCUGUCUUUGGAAUUGAUGAAGUUGGUUGUCUUGACUACCUCCUUAAGCGAUAUCCUUACAAUGGUUCCAACCCCGGUUCAUUCCUCCAUCCCAAUACUGCCUGCGGUCCAGUCAUGGAUUCAGUCUACGCCAACUUCCCAGAUAACCCCAAUUCCACGUCUUCGGGAUUUGGAAACCUACCGGUUGGAGAUUACGCUUCUACUAGUUCAGAGAAGUGUUUUGAGGUGAUCCUACAAAAACAAUCCUCGUCAGACAAGUUUGGUUUAACUCUGUGUUACCGGCCGAGUGAUGUGCAACAGGAUGUCACCGAAGUAUUCAUUAGUGAGUACAUCGGUGAAGGUGUCGUUACCUCCAAAGAGGACCACAGUGGAUUUAAUAGCAAGAUUGAACCGGGAAGUGUUGCUCAUCGCUCGGGUCAGAUCAUGCUAGGUGACCGUUUGUUAAAGAUUGGAGAUCAGGAGAUAACCUCUCGUGAGCAUGUAAUGGAUCUAUUCCAAGGGUGUGGACUUUGCGCCAAGAUAACUCUUACGCGGCAACAGCAUCACUGGAAACAGGUUCCUAAUCGACUCCCUCCAUCUUAUUCUGCGCCGUCCUAUCCGGACUCUACUCUAGAUAUCGGCAUCUCGAAUGUCGCCUACGCACAUUUACCAGAUCAAGAUUCUGGAAUGGGCAGGACCACCGACGACAGUGUUAGGACAGAGGAGAGCUCUGAACAGGCAAGUUCUACUGUCAUUUUACUUACUAUGUGGAAUACGGAUGGAUAUGAUUUAGAGGCCUGUACGGGAAAUAUCAAGUCCAUCGCUAAACUCAUUCUGAAAUUGCUGGAGGUGUAUGGAGAUUGUGAUGAAGACGGCUUCUACUUUGGUGAAUGCAAUGGACGCAAGGGUCUUGUGCCCUCCAAUAUGGUCUGUGAAGCCAGUGCCGAAGAGGUUACUGAAUACCUUCGACGUCGAGGUGGCAGUGCAGGUAGUGGGGGCCGCACUGAGCGCAUGAACCCUUCUGCUUCUUCUAACCUUAACUCAGGCCCCAGUCUUCCACCGGGUCAAAUGACGAAACCACACAGAACUUCCGUUCAAUUGCAUGAUCAACAGCACGGACAGGUGGACCAAAGUUAUCACCAGCAACAUAGGGAUCACGCAGGUCGUGCGAGUCAAACAAAUCGCGGAAAAACUCGGCGCAACCGUACCGGUCGGGGAGAUGCCGACCAUCCAAGAACGCCUGGAGGUACUUCAGAAAUGAGCAGAAGGAAAGGCGGGGAGAAUCAGAGGUCAGGACAGUGUAUAAUGGAGGCCCUCUAUGAUUACGACCCACAUAUUUACAGCCCCAAUGUCGAUGUUGAGACUGAGCUAAAGUUCCGUGCUGGAGAUCGCAUCGUAAUCCUCAGCGAAAUGGAUGAAGACGGUUUCUAUGUGGGUCAGUUGGAAUCCUCUGGUCGUAGAGGCCUGGUUCCUUCCAAUUUCCUUCGUGAACUUCCACGUUCUCCCCACAACGGAGGUGGAAUAGAAUCCAGUUUUGAAUCCCAUCAAAAACCUGUCUAUGGAUGCCGAGCAACACUAUCAAGAGAUCAACGAGAUUCUCGAUCGCGAGGAGCUAGUGUAACUAGAUCAAGACUUCAAUCAGAUGACGCCGAUAUUGUUGCAGUCGCGCCUAGUCGAGGGAAAUUUGGAAGGACACGAGAAGACCUCCCAAGACAGCUAUCUCGAGGUCAUUCCCAUGCGGAUGAACUCGAAGAUUCGGACGAGGAGGAAGAAGAGGACUCGAUGAUCACUUCCACAGUGCCCCCAGCCAAUCCCUCAGACUGGGUAGACAGUCCCGAUAUGAAGACUCCACAUACGACUGUCCCUGUGCCCUCCCUGUCUGACUCCGUACCAAACACGUCCGCUCUCAUGCCACCCACCCGAAUUGAAUCGGAUUCAAUUCGUGGUGGCAGUGGCAGGGGAAAAACUGACGUGGAAAUGGGAAAAGAGUCACCGGAUUCUGAUGGUCAAGGUGGAUUAAUCUUUAUGGAUAUAAAUUCAAAUAAGCAUGGGAAGGGCAUCUUUGAUAUGUUGGGAGAAAGUGGCUACUUGUUGGUUAGUUGGUCUUUGUGGCCUAAAACCUGCUUCUUCAUUCCUAAGAUUAUUGUUGGUCUCAAGGAACCAGAUCAGCCUCCUCCAGCACGCUUGUGGGAAGACAGGCCUAUAGUUGUCAAAGUUGCUAGGUACUGGUUACUAUGGCAACUUCCAAUUUUUAGUACUGGUAUUACUAUGGCAAUUUUCCAUUGGUUGGUACGAGACUGGUCUCCUAGAUUUUUAAAAGCGUCAGCAUGGUUUCCUUGGCUUUUGGUCCCAUUUGAAUUAGAAAUUCUGGAUGAAUACCGUCUUCGCCAGGAGAAAAGCGUUAGCAUGGUUUCCUUGGCUUUUGGUCCCAUUCUUAAUUAUACAUUCCGGAUGAAUACCAGGAGACUCUUUGCACUUGAGUUGUUUUAUCGCAGCAUGUGA